AUGUAUGUCCACGCUGUGGAGGAUGCCACUUGGUGUAAAAAGUUUCGAGCCACUCUAAAAGGAGUGGCUCAUAAAUGGUUUAACAAUCUCCCCCCUAACUCAGCUAACAACUUCACAAAAUUCAGCUACCUUUUCACCAGUCAUUUUUUGGCAAAUCGGCAAGAGAAAAAGACUAGCAUGCACUUGGGUAAGAUCAUCCAUGGACCGAAAGAAGCUUUGCGAUGUUUUGUCAAGAAAUUCAAUCUAGAGGCUUUACAAAUUCAGGACCUCAAUGUUAGGGUGGCCUUUGACACCUUCAUCAUAGGGUUGAGGCCACGAAGCUUUAAAUUUGACCCUGUGAAAAAGAAGAUCACUACUCUAGCCAAGGCUCUCAGAGAAGAUGAAGCAUUCAUCCAUGCCACUGAUGUUUAUGCGGAAGCGGAGCAUCCGGGGUCUAAAAAGGUUGAAGAAGUAACUCAGCUAAAGAAAAACAAUCCUAAGAAAACUGGGACAUGA